AAUGGACACACUUGCUCAUUGUUUUUUUUUCACAUUGCUUUCUUACUUUGUGCGAAAAACCUCUAAAAUCCAAGGUCUCAAAUUAAAAGAUUAAACUCGAGUAGUCGGUUCACUUAUUUUCCUCAAGUUUACGUAUUAGUUGUUAUCAAUUUUUUUGGUUUUAACUUGUCUUCUAUCAGGAAUUCCGGCAUCCUUUUAUUUUAGUUUCUCACUGCCACCGCAAAAUAUUGCUCAAUCUCUCAGUAUAAUCAUUAUUAAACUCACUGCUUUGAAAUCAUAAUAGAUAAAAAUGAAUCAUCGAUAAUUGUUGUUUUAACGAUAGGCUAUUAAAUUUGUAGUUUUGUUUUUACAACACUUGCUGUUCUGCUCUUUGAGCAUGACAAACUUACUUAGUAAUCCAAUGAAAUGGUUCUUUUUCUCUUUAAGUGUUUAUGUGUGUGAAGCUACCAACGAUUCUAAUUACCCACCACCUUGUCCUCAGAAGAUAUGGUGCUAUAGUGAUUUGUUGAAAUACAACGCUCUGUACCAACUGGAUGACGAAUUUGAAAUACCGUUCUUGCGCAAGAGACUGGUGAACUCCUCGGAUGUGGUUUUAGCAGAAUAUGAUGAGUUAGUGAAGAGCAACAGAGGGGAGCCUCCGUCUAAAGAUCAGCUACGGGAAUUUAUCAAUACUUACCUUGAGGAUCGUGCCGAACUUAUUGAUUUUCUUCCUGAUGAAUAUAAAAAUAACACUGCUCUGAUGCAACGUGUUACAUCCUCCGAUUACCGACACUUUUUGGCGGAUUUGCAACAAAUUUGGAGAACUCUUCUGCGGAAAGUAGCACCAGAUGUAACUGAAAAUGAGGAUCGUUACACUCUUAUAAGUAUUCCUUAUGGCUUUGUUGUUGCGGGAGGACAGUUCAAUGAGUUGUAUUACUGGGACACGUACUGGAUCAUCAGAGGCUUGUACCUGAGUGACUUGCCUGAAACUGCGAAAGGAAUUAUCGAGAACUUUCUUUAUCUGGUCAGAAAAUUUGGAUUCAUACCGAAUGGAACACGUGUUUACUAUUUGAACCGAUCUCAACCUCCUUUAUUGCCCUCAAUGAUUCAAACUCAUCAAACAUAUACGGGAGAUACGGAAUUUAUCUUCGAAAAUUUAGAGACUAUAACCGAGGAAUUCGAGUGGUGGCGACAAAAUAGGCAGGUAAAAUUCGUGAAAGACGGUAAAACAUACGCAAUGUUCCAUUAUGACGUCAGAGCUGGGGACCCACGACCAGAAUCCUACUUAGCUGACUACGACCUCGGAAUUCAAAUUAAAUCAGAGGACGAAAGAAAUGCUUUUUACGCAAAUAUCAAGUCUGCCACAGAAAGCGGUUGGGACUUUUCCUCGCGUUGGUUUGAUAAGUACUAUGCAAAUGCAAAUGGUUCUUUAUUGGACACCAAGCCGAGUAUCCUGAUACAGGUGGAUCUAAAUUCUUUUUUGCAGAAAAAUGCUCGACUCAUCAGCAAAUGGUGGUUUGCCGCUAACGACGCAGAAAAAGGCAAAAUAUAUAAAAAAGUCGCCGACGAUCUUUUCCAAUCCAUUCAAGAGGUGCUGUACCGUGAAGAUGAAGGCGUAUGGUUUGACUGGGACCUGGAAAAUGAAAUACACCGUGAAGGAUUCUACGUAUCAAAUUUUACUCCGCUGUUUACCCUAAGUUAUGAUACAUCAGACAACAAGAAUAUCGCAAAUAAGGUUAUCGAAUACCUCCAGCGUAAUGGAAUCUUGGACAGUGAGGAUUGUCCAAUAUAUAUAGCAACCCCGACAUCUUUCGUUAAUUCUACUCAACAAUGGGAUUUCCCUAACGCGUGGGCACCUUUACAAGCAAUUUUGAUUGAUGGCUUAGGCAAGACCGGGAGCUCUAGGGCUCGUAAAAUUGCUCUUCAACUUGCAAAUAAUUUCGUGUACACAACUAGAGUUGGCCUCAAUAGUACUGGAUUCAUGUUUGAAAAGUACGAUGCAAUUGAAAUAGGAACGACGGGAGGAGGAGGGGAGUACGCACCCCAGACCGGUUUCGGAUGGACAAACGGCUACGUAAUACAGUUACUGGGUAGAUACUACGACCUUUUAUCUCCAGACGCUGCCAAAACAUGUAGUUCCUGAUUAAUGUUUAAAAUAUAUUUUUAAGAAUAAAUUAAUACUUGCUAUCAAAAUA